CCACUCGUCCUGUAGUAGGUAGAUCUGCACCUUCCACUCCUUCUUCACUCUUCGCUUCACUCAACUCUGCAAUUCAUUUGCAUUUUCAUUUCAUCUUCAAUGACUUCAGAAGGCAUUCUCCUCGGCAUGGGUAACCCUCUUCUCGACAUCUCCGCCGUCGUCGACGAAGACUUCUUGAAAAAAUAUGACAUCACCUUGAACAAUGCAAUUCUUGCAGAGGACAAGCACAAACCUAUGUAUGAAGAAAUGGCUGAAAAAUAUAAUGUGGAGUAUAUUGCUGGAGGUGCCACUCAGAAUUCAAUCAAGGUUGCUCAGUGGAUGCUUCAAGUGCCUGGUGCAACAAGUUACAUGGGUGGCAUAGGAAAAGAUAAGUUUGGGGAAGAGAUGAAGAAGAACUCAAAGCUUGCUGGUGUAAAUGUGCACUAUUACGAGGAUGAAACAGUGCCUACUGGAACUUGUGCUGUUUGUGUACUUGGUGGUGAAAGGUCACUUGUGGCCAACUUAGCGGCUGCAAAUUGCUAUAAGUCUGAGCAUUUGAAGAGACCAGAAAAUUGGGCAUUAGUUGAAAAGGCCAAGUAUAUCUAUAUUGCUGGCUUUUUUCUCACUGUAUCACCAGAUUCCAUCCAAUUAGUUGCUGAACAUGCUGCUGCAAAUAACAAGAUCUUUGCGAUGAACCUUUCUGCUCCUUUUAUCUGUGAGUUUUUCAAGGAUGUACAGGAAAAAGCUCUGCAGUACACGGACUUUGUUUUCGGGAAUGAGACUGAAGCGAGAACAUUUUCUAAGGUUCAUGGCUGGGAGACUGAUAAUGUUGAGGAGAUAGCUCUAAAGAUUUCCCAGUGGCCAAAGGCAUCAGGAACACACAAAAGGAUAACGGUUAUCACACAGGGUGCAGAUCCUGUUUGUGUUGCUGAGGAUGGGAAGGUGAAAAAGUUCCCUGUGGAACUUUUGCCUAAAGAGAAACUUGUUGACACGAAUGGAGCAGGAGACGCAUUUGUUGGAGGGUUUCUUUCUCAAUUGGUUAAGGAGAAGCCCAUUGAAGAAUGUGUGAGAGCUGGCUGUUACGCAGCAAACGUUAUCAUCCAAAGGUCUGGCUGCACGUACCCAGAGAAACCUGAUUUUCAUUGAGUGAUUUCUCUCGGUUCUGUUGCUUUUAUGAGGUUUUGAUUGGCAGGAAGUUUUUGUUGUACUCUGAUAGUUGCAAUAUGACUGUGCUUUUGGAUUUUUCAAUCCCCCGAUUGGGGAAAAUGAGAAAAAGUUUCCGUGGAAGAGAAACGAACAAUUGAACUGUUAUCCUGUAGUUCUAUCAGGGCAUCGUUUCUUACAUUUGCCGAGUUUGUUGUCGAGUCCUUUUUAUUCAAAAUAUAUAUUAUGUUGUUGUGCUUAGACUCAUAUUCUAAACUGUUGCCACUUCGAGUGUGAGUUAACGGCCGAUUGAUUAAGCUUAAAAAAUAAAAUUUUAUGAUU